ACUGUUGUUAGUACAAUAACAAUAGAUAGGGACAGAGACAAUUUCGUAAAGGCUUAAAAUUUGGGUACACACAUCUCGCGCAGAUGAGAAUGGCUCUACGCAUCAUGAAAAAGAGUACAUUUUCUACACCGAGGAGAUUAAGUUUCUUUCGGAAGUCUUCGGAAGCAUCAAAUAAUGGCUCGGAAUACUCGGAUUCUGAAGUUCGUGUACCAAGCAAGGUCCAUCAGUUGACCAAAGAACAGAUAACAGAAUUUAGGGAUACAUUCCUUUUAUUCGACCAGGACGGUGAUGGGACUAUAACAACAAAGGAGCUAGGUCACGUGAUGCGAUCUCUGGGCCAGAACCCUACCGAUGCAGAGCUUCAUGAUAUGAUAUCUCUGGUAGACAAUGACGGAAACGGCUCAAUAGAUUUCGAUGAAUUCCUUCACCUUGUUGCCAAGAGACUACAAGAAGCAGACAUUGAAACGGGUCUGGUAGAGGCAUUCCGCCUGUUUGAUAAAGAUGGUAACGGUUUCCUCACUGCAAAUGAGCUACAAAGUGUUGUAGCGACAUCGGGGGAAAUCCUUACCGACGCAGAAGUUGAUAUACUGAUGAAUGAAGCUGAUGUCAACAACGAUGGAAAAAUAAACUAUAAAGAGUUCGUCAAGUUGAUGACAGGGAAAUGAAGACAGGGAAGAACCCGUCACUAAAGUGUUCUGUAGACUUAGUCAUUCGUCAUGAAAACGCAAUAUUUCUGUUCUUUAUGCUGUGAUAACUACAAUAAAUCCACACACUUUAGAUAUGUUUCCUGGCAGGAUUUAUGAUAUCUUUAUUCUUUGAACUCUUAAUGUAUCCACAGGCUGGUUUUCGUGGUGACUAUUAGUUUUAUGACAAUUAUCAAGGAUUCUUAUUACAUAUAAAAUCCUGAUCAUGUUCUACGCUUUCUCAUCAACAUCAACCCAUAAGUACUUAUACAGUCGAGCAUCUUCCUUUUUCCAGCAUGCAAAAAAGUGAUCGGAUUUUGGAACGGCAAGAUUUCUUGGUGUUAUCUUAUGUACCAUUUGUCUGUAAUAUAUAUAUAUAUGCGAACGUGUAAGAAUUAUAUUUAUUAUUUACUCUUUCACUCACAAAUCACUCAAAGAAAUCAUUAGACGUCAUAGACUUGCAGAAAUCGGAAGCGAAACUUGAUGUUCAGGAUGUAAAAUAAUUUGUGAAACAAAUAAAUCCAUGAACGCAUGAUGAUCUCAGACACAAUAAACUAUGUCAUAAUGAAAAA